UCUGUCAUUAAUCCAUACAUUGCUUCUGCUUAUCUGACUCUACGUACAUACAUAUAUAUAUAUAUAUGUUCAUGUGUGUAUGAUAUUUAUAUAUGUGUAUAUAAAUGACAUGUGUAUCAUAUGUACUAUGUGUGCAUGCAUACAGAAUUCACGCGCCUCGUGUGUGCGCGCGCACACACGAUCGUACAUAAUGCGUGUGUACAUGCGUAUCAGUGGUUAGCAGUUAACCGCGAAUUCUCGCUGUGAAUUUGUAUUAAAACUAAUAAUUGAUAAAUUUAUCUUUUGCAAAAAAAGGCUAAAUGCUGGUACAUGUCGAUAGUAAUUUGAUAAAUACACUAAGAAAACGCUUGCAAUUUCGAAAAUAAACAGAACUUUGAAUAUAAUGCCGUUGGCAAAUCUAACGGCUCCCUGGACCGAGCAUCUCGUAAAUGAGAAGCAAAGUACAGAUAUUCUUCCGGCUGAAAAUCAAGAGGAAACAAUGAUUACUCAAGGGAAUUUAAUUGAAAAAUCAAAUAGUUGUUCAGAGUCUCAUGAAAUCGAGGUACGUGAUAUGGUACGAGAUGGUCAUGAGAAAGCAGAACCUUCUCAUUUUGAGUUACUGAAAGUUCUUGGCCAAGGUUCCUUUGGCAAGGUAUUUUUAGUAAGAAAAGUUGUUGGAAAAGACAGUGGUACAUUGUAUGCCAUGAAGGUCUUGAAGAAAGCAACAUUAAAAAUUCGUGACAGAGAGAGAACUCAAAUGGAGAGAAAUAUAUUAGUGGAUGUGGAACAUCCGUUCAUUGUCAGACUGCAUUAUGCAUUUCAAACAGAAGGAAAGUUAUAUUUAAUUCUUGAUUUCCUAAGAGGAGGUGACCUUUUCUCGAGAUUAUCCAAAGAGGUGAUGUUUACAGAAGAAGAUGUUAAAUUCUAUUUAGCUGAACUAGCGCUCGCUUUAGAUCAUAUACACAGUCUUGGAGUUAUUUAUCGAGAUCUCAAGCCUGAAAACAUUUUGCUAGAUACCGAAGGCCACAUAGCUUUAACAGAUUUUGGCUUGAGCAAACAGCCUUUGGACGAUUCAUACACGUACUCAUUUUGCGGCACUGUUGAAUAUAUGGCACCUGAAGUCGUCAACAGAAAAGGACAUUCCUUUACGGCAGACUGGUGGAGCUUUGGUGUUUUAAUGUUUGAAAUGCUGACAGGCGCACUCCCAUUUCAAGGCGCAAAUCGUCAAGAGACAAUGGCGCAAAUUUUGAAAGCCAAGCUCGGAAUGCCGCACAAUAUUUCAACAGAGGCGCAGGCACUUCUGAGGGUAUUAUUUAAGAGAACCCCAUCAAACCGUCUUGGCUCGGGUGGCGUGCAAGAAAUUAAAAACCAUAUUUUCUUUGCUACUAUCGAUUGGGAUGCUCUUUAUAAGAAGGAGAUACGACCACCGUUUAAACCAGCUGUUAGUCAGGAGGACGACGCGACCGCCUUUGACAGUGAAUUUACCUGUAAAACACCUAAAGAUUCUCCGGGAAUACCGCCGAGCGCGAACGCCCACGAAUUAUUUCGCGGAUUCAGCUUCGUAGCACCGUGCCUGCUCGCGGACGCCGAACACACCCAGUCUCUGGACUGUAAAAAUUGCGACAGCACUGCUUUUCCAUCUUACGUUAAUCCCGUCAAAAGCAUCAGCGCAACUUUGCCGUCGUAUGUCAAUCCCGCUUCUAUAACGGAUGAGUACGAAUUUAAGCAUGAAAUUGGCAAAGGAAGUUACAGCGUAGUUUACCUAGCCAUCCAUUUAGCAUCCAAGAUGGAGUAUGCUGUGAAGGUGAUUGACAAAAUGAAACGAGACCCGACGGAGGAGAUAGAAAUUCUCUUACGGUACGGCAGGCAUCCCCACAUCGUAACAUUGAGAUCUGUCCACGAGGACGAUAAGCGGGUGUAUCUCGUAUUGGAGCUUCUGCGUGGCGGCGAGCUCCUCGAUCGCUUGCUACAGAGACGAAAUUUUACGGAGCGGGAAGCCGCCGAAGUGAUUUACACCAUCACCAGUGUCGUGCAUUAUCUUCACGAGAACGGGGUGGUUCAUAGAGACUUGAAGCCGUCGAACAUCCUGUACGCGAAACCUGGCGGAGAUCCAACGACGCUCUGCAUAUGUGAUCUCGGCUUUGCGAAGCAAUUACGGGCGGAAAAUGGUUUGCUGAUGACACCGUGCUACACCGCGAAUUUCGUGGCGCCGGAAGUGUUGAAACGCCAGGGAUACGACGCGGCGUGCGAUAUUUGGUCGCUCGGAGUCCUGCUGUACAUCAUGUUGGCCGGGUACACGCCUUUCCGUAACAGCCCGGGAGACAGCGCGAGCGAUAUAUUAGACCGCAUCGGGCCGGGAUACAUAGAUGUGGAAAGCGGAAUAUGGUGUCACAUCUCAGGCGAAGCUAAAGAACUAGUCAAACGAAUGUUGCACGUGGACCCCAAUCGAAGGCCUACCGCGGCCCUCAUCUUGAAAUAUCCGUGGAUUAUGAAUCGGCACCGCAUCCCGCAAAAAGUAUUACCGGACGUCAUCGAGGAUCCGCACAAUCUGAAGAUGGCAGUGGCAGCGACGUACAGAGCAAUGUCGAGCAAUCCAAGAUCGCCGCACAUUGGUCCUGUGAUCAUGUCGGAAUUGGCACGUCGUAGAACACAAGGCAAACCCACCGGUCCCACUGCUGUUUAAAUUUGAUAUACAAGAAUAUAUAUAUGACGACAGAUUUCAGCUUUAUCCCGAAAUUUGCCGAUGCAAAUGCAUAGGAUAACAAAGUCGUUUCAAGUACAAGCGGAAGUAGUUUAGGGAAAGAUGUCCGUUGAUUACCUUAAUAUCGUUAUAGAGAGUGUGUGACGGAACAGUGUGAUGACAGCGAGUCAAAUGUGAUAUUUAUUUAUAGUUUUUGAUUGCGUUUAAUGUACAGAGCCAUACGUGCAGAAGCAUGUGCGGGCAUGCAUGCUUCGCGUAACACGUACAUAAAUACAGAGACAUGUGUGCGCCUACAUUUAUCACGUGUUGCCAUGGAGUGGAAGCAGGGUGCAAAUAAUUCCGAUCAAUAACAAUCGGAAUGUUGUAUUUUGAUUCCUUUAGAUUUCGGAUUCAUUUUUUUUUACAUUGAGUCAUUAUAUUUCUCAUCGCAGAUUUAUAGUGUGACAGAUAUGUUCGAAGUAAUCACGUCGAGAAAUAAGAUCAAGUAAGAUUCAAUGAUUUAAAUAUUGGAAAAAAAACGGAAAAAAAGAGAAUUGAUUGUAUUACGCGUAGUAUUUUAUCCGUGCAAUGUAACUUGAACUCAUUUUUUAACUAAAUGUAUACCGAAUAAAUGUCUUAUAUUUCCGCCUAAAUUUGUAAUUGUAAUUUUAAGCAGUUUGCGAGAAAUCUUCGUGCGCACUCGAGGAUAAAAUUAUUGUCGUACAACUUACUUCUUGUUGAAUCAUACUACUUAUAUAUAUAAAAGUUAACCUGACUUGUUCAUAUUAUUUGAAAAAUAAAAAUCUGCCUGAGA